UCCAAGGAGCACACAGCAACGGCUCUGUUGGAUACUCUCUGUGUCUGUGGCAGCAAAAGGGCAACUUCGAAGCUCAGAUGUGCAAACAGCUUUAAAGGACUAUCAGUCUCUUGGCAGAUGCAUCAAGCAAAAAUCUGCAAACCAGAAGCUGCAGGAACCCCUGUCCCACAAUGCCAUCUAUCCAGCUGCCACUGCUACUCCUCUGCUUGACCUUGUGGGGUGUUUGCCUCAACGGGAGGCAGCCCCUUCCAGAGGAGAGUGAGACCAUGAGAAGGAGUCCUCUGGAUGACAUCCUUCAGAGAUCUGAAAGCCUCAUUUUUCAGUCUGUCCUCAAGAAAGCUGAAAAGGAUGAAGAAACUAAUAAAGAAUCAAAAGCCCCUCUUUCAGAAUGGCUUUCCAAAAGACAACACCCUGGCGAGAAGUACCUAAGCAAACUGGAGAAGAGACAGCACCCUGGAAAAAGAGAUGUUGAGAAAGACACAUCUUACGGAGACAUUCAGAAGAGGCAGCAUCCAGGGAAAAGAGAGACAGAAGACAACCUUGAUGUCUAUCUGGAGCUGAAAAAGCAACAGCCUCCUGGCAGAAGGUCACUGUUGGAUCAGAUUGCUGACAGCCCUCGGGCACAGCUAACUUACAUGAAUGAGUUAUCCAAAAGGCAGCAUCCAGGCAGAAGGUAUCUGAUGUACAAGCAUCAGCACCCUAGCAAAAGAAGCUGGAAUUACGAGGUAGACCUAAAUGACCAAUAUGGUGAGAAACGCCAGCAUCCUGGAAAAAGGCACUGGAAUUCUGACAGCUCAGACGAUACAGGCCCCUGCAACCUUUUUGAGUUCUUCACCUGUAACAAAGGCAGCUUGUUGCUUGAUUUAGUAGAUGAUGUUAGCAGAGACAGGGUAGAAGAAAAACGUCAGCACCCGGGAAAGAGAUCAGCAUGGGAGAGUGAAACAGGAAUGAGAAAAUAAUUGUGUACCAUUUGCAUUUGGUGAAGUAAACUGCCAGAUCACUAAAACAUUCUGUUCACUCCCUUAUGGCUUCCUGCUGCUGACCUCUGCACCUACCUUUCAGUGCAUCAGUGUUCCCAUUGAAGUUAAUGGCUUUGUCACACACUUAAAGCAAAGGGACUGAAGGACACAGUUGAAUGGAACAGGAGUACUGAGUCUUCAACUCACUCACUUUAGGAAGUUGAGUGCUUAUUUCCUUAGGAGCCCGGACCCCAGAAUAAUCCAACUACGUAUUCCUAAAUGACUAAAACAGGCUCUUAAAUUUCUGUUCUGAUGCUCCUGAAGUGAAAUAAUUAUAUGGUUUCUCACAUCAGUGAAAUCAGUAAAUUAAUAGUGAGGGAGAAAAAAGAACAACAUGAAAUCUAGUAGGUUUUCAGUUCUAAAUGAUAACAUUUGGGAGACUUGAACCCUUGUGCACUACAAUCUGUCCAGACAGUAAGCACUGCAGAGAGACAGGAACUGUUUUCAACUGGAAUGGAAUAGAUGAGUGACUUCAUAGUUUGACUUGGAACUGGCACAGGAAAACCCUUUUCAUCUAAGAAGUUGCACAGUGUAAAGGGUUACUGCAUCCCUGAGCAUCUCAGCUGCCAGUUGUGACCCCCUGACUGUGUACACCCACACCAGAACUCCCACCCUGAUGUGUCCACACUUCAGUCAUGCCACUUGAAAUCAUGCCUUCUCCUCGGACAUUUAACAAUGAAGCAAGCAGAGAUCCUUUCCUUACAGUGAGGAUUUUCUCUCCUCUCAAAGGAAUGCUUUUACUUUCUGUGGUCAGACUCCCAAAAGUGUUUACUUGAUAUGAAUGAUUCAAUAAAUACGAAUAGUCAACUCUGA